AUGACAUUGAAAAUUAAAAAUUACCUAAAGAUUAUCAAAAAGAAAAAAGCAAACUUAAAUAGUGGACAUGCUCAAGGCUUUCAGCCAUAUCAAGUAGCUAAUGCUGGCAUCUCACAAGCAGAGAGGCAACCAAUUGUCGACAUUCACAACAAAUAUAGGCGUAUGAUCGGGCACAAUGCUACCAAUAUGAUGAAACUGUUCUGGGACAAUGAUCUCGCAAAAACUGCCCAACAGCAUGCUGAACAGUGCGAGUUUGGACAUGACAAGCUUGUUAAUAGACGACCAUCAUCUAUGCCUGGUAUAUACGUAGGACAAAACAUGUGUAUUGGAAGUAAAUCAUGGGACGAAUGCGUAAAACAAUGGUUUGACGAGAAGGUCAACUUUGCAUAUGGUUUUGGAACAAAGACUCUGCGAUGGACUGACAUUGGACAUUUUACACAGUUGGCAAGUUGGCACAUCACAAAAGUAGGAUGUGGGUAUGCAGAGUGUGUAGGCCGUGCAGAUAAAUCAUCAAUGGUGUGCAAUUAUGCUUAUGGUCAAUACUAUGAAGAUAUCCAAAGACCUUAUACAGCUGGUGCUCUGUGCGGAGAAUGUCCUGAUCAUUGUGACAAUGGUCUUUGUGAUUGUGGAAACACCACAUGUGAAAAUUUUGGGGUCCUUGAUGUUAAAACUUGCACAUGCAAAUGUUUGCCAUAUUAUAGUGGAAAAUCCUGUGAACAAGAUAGACAGUGCUCAACUUGA